CUCUCACUCUCUCAGUCGAGCACAAGCCUCAAGCUAGCUACCACCACCGAGCUAUCGACCGGCAGCCAGCAGCCAUGGACAUGAGCGUCGAGCACUCGAGCUCUGCCUCCUCCUCAUCCACGACCGAGCGCGGCGGGACGGCGUGGCCGUGGCCGCCGAAGCGCCCCGCGGGCCGCACCAAGUUCCGGGAGACGAGGCACCCCGUGUUCCGCGGCGUGCGGCGCCGUGGCAGCGCCGGCCGGUGGGUCUGCGAGGUGCGCGUCCCUGGGGACCGCGGCACGCGCCUCUGGCUCGGGACGUACUUCACCGCCGAGGCGGCCGCGCGCGCGCACGACGCCGCCAUGCUCAUGCUGCGCGGCCGUUCCGCCGCGUGCCUCAACUUCCGGGACUCCGCGUGGCUGCUUUCGGUGCCGCCCGCCUUCUCCAACCUCUCUGAUGUCCGGCGCGCGGCCGUCCAGGCCGUCGCGGACUUCCAGCGCCGUCCGGAGGCCACCGGUGCCGCUGCGGCGGGCCAGGAAGUCACCUCCAGCGUGGCCGUCCCGUCGUCGGCGGCGUGCAGCGUCCCCUCGUCCGAGACGGCGCAGACCUCCGGUGAUGCCACUUUUGGGGCGCCAGCCGCAUUGAACAUGGACAUGUUCGACCUCGACUGCUUGUUUGGGGAGACGGACUCGGACACGAACUACUACGCGGACCUUGCGCACGGCCUGCUCAUGGAGCCACCGCCUACCAUGGCCACCGGGCAGUACUGGGACAAUGGAGACUGCGCCGACGGCGGAGCCGGAGCUGAUGUCGCGCUCUGGAGUUACUAGGACCUAUAUCGACAAUCUCUAGCACAUCCGACGACGUGGUAACCUGGGCCGGAGGGACAUAGCGACAGCACCGCGCUCUCACAUGUUUGACUCUUCGUCCCGAGUGUCUCCUUUCUUCCUUGUCGACCCUCGACCUCUUUGCUCUAUAUCCUUAGCUAGAAGCCUAGAACCAAGUGGACAAGUGGUGGCCUGGUGGGAUCGAUGAGAUGCAUCACCUUAAUUUUGUCUUUAGAGUAAUCAAACUAACGCAGUAGCCCUCUUAGAGAUGGAUAGAUUCAUAGAAUUGUAACACUGAGAUUUAUUUUGUCCAUACACAUAUGCCUAUUAUGAGAAAUUGUUAAUCAUAUAUUAUAUUUUAUUAAA